AAGGCAAGUGUGUUACGUAUUUCAGGUGGGGAUAAUAUUUCACGAUUACAGAAUUGUCACGCUUAUAAAAGCCUCAGGUGAUGAUCGAAACGGUCAGUUUGGUGGUUUAGUUUUAUCAGCUAUUGUAUUCAAAUUAAUUUAAUUUUUUAUUUUACUUUUAGAAAAAGAAUAAAGUAUAUUUAAAUUAUCAUGUCAACAGCUACACCAGAAAUGGUUGCUAGCACAGUUGCUGCAGCGUCAGCAACUGGAAUGACAGCAUCUUCUGUUUUUAUAACACUUUUAAUACCUGCACUUAUUUUGUGGGCCGUUUACUUCAGAUUAUCACGACGUCAUUUGAUUGAACUUGGUGAAAAAUUACCAGGUCCUGCUGGAUGGCCACUUGUUGGAAAUGCGUUGGAGUUAAUUGGAAGUUCUGAUGCCAUUUUCAGUAAGAUUUACCAACGUUCAUUCGAAUUUGAUCAAGUUGUUCGUCUCUGGAUUGGUCCAAAACUUGUUGUCUUUCUCGUUGAUCCACGUGAUGUUGAGGUAAUUCUCUCCAGUCAUGUUUACAUUGACAAAUCAGCAGAGUACAGAUUUUUCCAACCAUGGUUGGGCAAUGGUCUGCUCAUUUCAACUGGUCAAAAAUGGCGGGCUCAUCGUAAACUUAUCGCUCCAACUUUUCAUUUAAAUGUACUUAAAAGUUUCAUUGAUUUAUUCAAUGCAAAUUCAAGAUCAGUUGUUGAACGAUUACGCAAAGAAACUGGUGAAUUUGAUUGUCAUGAUUACAUGUCUGAAACGACUGUUGAAAUACUACUUGAGACAGCAAUGGGUGUUUCAAAAACAACCCAAGAUCGUAGUGGUCUUGAGUAUGCAAUGGCUGUUAUGAAAAUGUGUGAUAUUCUUCAUUUACGUCAUACUCGUGUUUGGUUAAGACCCGAUUGGUUGUUUAAUUUGACAAAAUAUGGUAAAGAUCAAAUUCAAUUGCUUGAAAUCAUUCACGGUUUAACAAAGAAGGUCAUUAAACGUAAGAAAGAAGAUUACAAAGCUGGUAAGCGUAAUUUCAUAAAGACCAAUGAAAAAGAAGGAAAAGUAACAAGUGUUGAUGGUUUAUCAUUUGGUCAAUCAUCUGGCUUGAAAGAUGAUCUUGAUGUUGAUGACAAUGAUGUUGGUGAGAAAAAACGGCUUGCAUUCUUAGAUCUUCUUAUUGAAGCAGGACAGGAUGGUGUUGUUAUGACUGAUCAAGAAGUCAAAGAACAAGUUGAUACAAUUAUGUUUGAAGGACAUGAUACAACAGCUGCUGGAUCAAGCUUCUUUUUAUCAAUGAUGGGAUGUCAUCCAGAUAUACAAGAAAAAGUAAUCCAAGAGUUGGAUGAAAUAUUUGGUGAUUCAGAUAGACCAGUAACAUUUCAAGAUACACUUGAAAUGAAAUAUCUUGAACGCUGUUUAAUGGAAACAUUACGUAUGUAUCCACCCGUACCAAUUAUUGCACGUGAAAUUAAAACAGAUCUUAAAUUAGCAUCAGGUGAUUAUAUUGUACCUGGUGGUUGCACUGUUGUUAUUGGAACAAUUAAAUUACAUCGUCAACCGUAUAUUUAUCCAAAUCCAGAUGUUUUUAAUCCAGAUAAUUUUUUGCCAGAAAAAACAGCGAAUCGUCAUUACUAUGCAUUUGUACCAUUUUCAGCUGGACCACGUUCAUGUGUAGGACGUAAAUAUGCAAUGCUAAAACUUAAAAUAUUACUAUCAACAAUAUUGAGAAAUUUCCGUGUUAAAUCAGAUAUUAAAGAAGCUGAUUUUAGACUUCAAGCUGAUAUUAUUCUUAAGAGAGCAGAAGGUUUUAGAGUUACACUUGAACCAAGAAAACUUGCUACUAAGGCUUAAUGGGAUAUAUCUAUAUGGGAUAAAUUAUAUAUAAUUUUUUCUUUAAAAUAAAUAAAUAAAUAAAUAAAUAUCAUUUAAUAUAUUAUUAAUAAUGAUAUGAACAUUCAUUUUUUUGGGAUAUAUAUUUUUUGGUCAGGUUUGUUGAUUUAUCGUAAAUUUUAUGUUGUAUUUUUUUGAAUAUAAUCCUUCGGAAAGGUUUUUUAAUAAAAAUUGAGUUUACGAUAUAAUAUUUUGUACAUGCUGUAUAAAUUUUUGAAUGUAAACGUUAUUAAUAAUAUUAUUAUUCUUUUUUUCCUGAAUUUUCUAGUAGUAUAUGUUACAGUUGAAAUAAUUGUAUCAUUAAUCUUCAUUGCAAUAAAUUGUUAAAAUAAAAAACGAAUGUGUAAGUUAUUUUUUCUUUUCAAGUUUGUUUUUAUUUUUUUUCUAAUGUAUUGUUUUGUAAAUGUUUUGUUUCAAAAGUAGAGAGAAUAAUAGACAAUCGUUGGUGGGAUUUAAAAAAAAAAUUAUAUAUACCAUUUUAACAUGAUGACGAAAGAAAAAGAUCUGAAAAAAAAAUCAUUAAAUUUUGUACUACCACAAAAAAGAAUUAAAACAUUUAUUAAUGCAACGAAUAAAAAUGAAUUUAAUGAAAUUAAAGCUAAUUUGAAAUCUCAGUUGCCAGCUUUGACACCUGUUGGACUACUGCUCGAAUAAGAUAAUUAAUCUCUCUGCAAUAAUUAAUAGUCUUCCAGAAGGAAUUAAUGAAAUUCAUUUAUUUUCUGUCGACCCUUGGUCUGCUCAAAAACAAAAUAUUUUUAUAAAUGUUCAAAGAUUCAGAAACCUUCAAAAAUUAACAGCAGUCAGCCUCUGUUUAGAUAACAUAAUUCUUCAAGAAUUAGCAGACAUGCUGAAUACAUCGAUUUAAGGAUGAAUAUUGAGUCAGAGGCGAAAAACCUCUCUACAAAAGUACUAAAUACUAUUUUUUGUAUCAAACUUUCAAAAUGAUUUUUGAAAGUAUUAAUGAUUUUUCCGUUUCAAUUUUUAAAUUAUGUGCUUCAUAUUCUAAAAAUUAAAAACUUCAAUUUAUUAUA